AUGAUUGACCAGUCGAUGUAUCCACAAAAAAUCAUUUACAAUGGAUCAAAAAUCAUGUACCUGCAAGUGGAGAGAGGACUUAUUGACAGCGUGAAUUUUCUCCCCAUGAAGCUGGCUGCUUUUCCCAGGGCAUUUGGUUUGACGGAACUGAAGAAGGGAUACUUUCCCCAUUAUUUUAACACCCUAGGAAACCAGAAUUAUUGUGGACUGUUUCCCGAACCUAACAUGUAUGGUGCCAAUUACAUGGGAUCCAAGGAGAGAUCAACAUUUCUUAAGUGGCAUGCUGAACAACGGGGAAUGUUCGACUUUCAGAAAGAGAUGAGGGAAUAUUGUGUCUCUGACGUCGCUGUUCUCAGAGAAGCCUGCUUAAAAUUUCAAGCUCUAAUGCUGGAAGCCACUGGUGAAAAACAGAUAGACCUCGAUACCAAAGCUGUCUCCUACACCAAUGGCAUCGAUCCGUUUGCCCAAUACAUCACCAUUGCCUCGGUAUGUAUGGGCAUCUUUCAAAGCAAAUUUCUCAAGAAACAUCAUGUCAAACUUACAGACACCCAGAAAAUCACAGACUGGAUGACGGUCAAUGAGGAUGGAUCCAUCAAAGUGAAACCUGAUUUAUGGCUGACGGAAGAAGAGUUGUUGAGAGAUCGUGGGAUGACCAUCUUCGAGUCUGAAACUGUACCCAGUCCCAUUGCUCAAGUUCCAAGUGAGGGAUACAUCCAAAAAGAUCAGUUCAGCAGAGUGUCCAUCCAGUGGUUGGAAUGGGUUCAACACCAAAAUCAGAACAAGUACCAGAUACAGCAUGCACUCAAUGGAGGGGAACAUCAGGUACCAGGAACUCAUUACCGACUGGAUGGUUUCUGUGCUAAAACGAACACGGCCUUUGAAUUCCAUGGCUGUUUGUGGCACGGCUGUCGACACUGCUUCCCACAUGAGCGUUCUAACACCAUCCGUCCUAGAACCAAUCAAUCCAUUGAAGAACUGUAUGCCCUAAGCUGUAGAAAGAGAGAAGAACUGAAAGUGAAAGGAUACAAAGUCAUCGAAAUCUGGGAACACGAGUUUAACCAUCUUCUGAAAUCCAAACGAGAACUGUCACAGUUUGUGAACUCGUUAGAUCUUCAAGACCGACUAAAUCCCAGAGAUUCAUUCUUUGGAGGAAGAACGAAUGCCAGCACGUUACACUACGAAAGAUUUGAAGCCACUGCAUCAAUACUUAGGUGCAUCACUAAGGUGAAAGUUGCGCCUCCUAGAAAACUGUACCAUCCUGUUCUGCCUUACCGUUCCAAUGGAAAACUCAAAUUUCCUUUGUGCAGAACCUGUUCGGAUCAGGAACAACAAACACCAUGCCAUCAUUCGGAUGAAGAGAGGAACAUCAUUGGAACCUGGUGCAUACCAGAAAUUCUUAAAGCCAUGGAAAAGGGGUACCAAGUCAUCAGAGUCUACGAGGUCUACCAUUGGCCUGAAACAACACAGUACAAUCCAACAACACGUGACGGCGGUCUCUUUGCCGAGUACAUAAACACCUUUCUCAAGCUAAAACAAGAAGCCAGUGGAUGGCCCGAAUGGUGCAUUACUGAGGAAGACAAAGACACAUAUAUUAGCCAGUACAGAGAUAAAGAGGGCGUACAGCUGGACCGAAACAAAAUCACAAAGAAUCCGGGACUUCGUUCGCUGGCUAAACUGUGUCUGAACAGUUUCUGGGGGAAGUAUGGUCAACGUCUGAAUAUGAAGCAGUCUGCCUUCAUCCACGAAAACAAUGCAGACGUUUUCUUCCAGAUGUUGGCAGAUCCAACCAAAGACAUCAUCGAUUUCCACGUGUUGACAGAAACCAUUUUGCAGCUUGAAUAUCUACACAAGUCCACCUUCAUCCCAGAAGAUUUAAAAACCAAUGUUUUUCUGGCAACGUUUACCACUUCAUGGGCAAGAUUGAAGUUGUACAGUGUGUUGGAACAGCUGGGUGAAAAUGUGUUGUAUUACGACACGGACUCGGGUCAUUUUCGUGGCAAGACCUGGAGACUAUCAACCCCCUCUGGGAGAUUAUCUCGGAGAACUGACUGA